AUGGCCAUGUUCUCAGCUCUGGGGCUUCUCUUGCUCUGCCAGCUGCUGGCAUCGUCCCUGGCUCAGGCACCCGGACCGCAAGGGCAACCUGGACCUCAAGGACCACCGGGACCCCCUGGGAAAGAUGGCAUUGAUGGGAAGCGAGGACCGGCCGGACUUCCUGGAAAAGCUGGUCCUAAAGGAAAAGCUGGAGUUCCGGGGACAGCAGGGAAAUCUGGACUACCUGGACUUCCUGGAAUAGAUGGUUUGCCGGGUCCUGAUGGGCCUCAAGGGAAGGAUGGACCUCCAGGAUCUGCUGGUGAUUCAGGACCUCCCGGCCCACCCGGACCCCCCGGCAGAGGGAGACCUGGAGCCCCUGGGCUGUCUGGAGCUAAUGGACUGCCGGGUGGUGUAGGACCUCAGGGAUCCACGGGACCAGAGGGGCUUCCAGGACUUCCAGGUCCACCAGGUCCUGAUGGGCCACCUGGAAUACCUGGAGGACUUCCUGAGGGGGGUGGAGAAUUGUUGUGUCCUGCUAUCUGUCCCCCAGGCCCCCCGGGCCCACCUGGAAUGCCAGGUUUUAAGGGACACACAGGACACAAAGGAGACAAAGGAGAGCCUGGAAAGGAUGGUGAGAAGGGUGAUCAAGGUCCACCCGGGCCCUCUGGAAUCUCAGGAACUGUUGGUCUUCAGGGUCCUCGGGGUCUGAGAGGACUUCGUGGUCCAGGUGGAGCCGUCGGAGACAGAGGUUUGCCAGGUUUUAGAGGGAAGCCCGGUAUUCCUGGUGUCAUCGGGAAAAUAGGUGACGCAGGAGAGAAAGGACCACAGGGUUUCAAAGGACCUAAAGGAGAAAUGGGAAAAGUGGGUCCUAAAGGGCUGGGGGGACCUCCAGGUCCUAAAGGAGAACCGGGAAUCCCAGGCAGAGACGGCAAAGAUGGCACUCAGGGACUUGAUGGAGAGAAGGGCGAUGCUGGGCGUAUAGGCACCUCUGGAGAGAAAGGGCCCAACGGUUUGCCUGGUUUGCCAGGAAAGGCUGGCGGAAAAGGAGCCAAGGGAGGAGUUGGUAAUCAAGGAGAAAUGGGAGAAGCAGGACCAGACGGAGAGCCAGGUAUUCCUGGUGAGAUUGGUGUCCCAGGAGAACGAGGUGAAGCUGGACCCAGAGGCGUCGCUGGAGGCAUCGGGCUGAUCGGAAAUCCUGGAUCUCAGGGAGUCAAGGGAUUCCAGGGAAUUAAAGGUGCCAUCGGAGAUCCCGGACUUCCAGGUCCGACUGGACUCAGAGGAGGGUUUGGUGAACUGGGUCCAACAGGAGCUGCAGGACCUAAAGGAGACAUCGGUAUGGCUGGAAGUGACGGACUACCAGGCGAGAACGGAGAAGCGGGUCCAUUCGGCCCUACUGGCCAAAAAGGAGAGUCUGGAAAGAACGGUGAGCUGGGUCCUAAAGGAGUACCGGGACCACAGGGAGAGACUGGAGCACGAGGGCUGCCUGGAAAACCAGGCCUGAUGGGCUUCCAUGGAGAACCAGGUUCACCAGGUGUUGCUGGGAAGACAGGCGUUGCCGGAAAACUGACGAGUGAGCAGCACAUCAGAGAACUGUGUGGCUUCAUGAUCGAUGGCCAGAUUGCCCAGCUGGCUGCUAACCUGAGGAGACCUUUGGCUCCCGGCGCCGUGGGUCGACCCGGUCCCGCUGGACCUCCGGGAAAACCAGGAGAUGCAGGAACGAUGGGCCUCCCCGGAGCCAGCGGUGCUCCAGGAUACAGAGGACUUCCGGGAGAUCUUGGUUAUCCUGGUCCUAGAGGUGAUGCUGGACAGCCUGGUGAUAAGGGACCUGUUGGGAAAGCUGUUGAUGGGCCAGUAGGUGACCAAGGAGAACCAGGUCUCCCAGGAGUACACGGCUUCGUCAAAGACGGACGUGACGGCGCACCCGGAGAUCCGGGUGAGUCAGGAGAACCGGGCAGGCCGGGCAGGACGGGACAUCAAGGACCUCCAGGAAUCUGCGAUACAUCAGCCUGCCAGGGUGCAGCGCAUCACGGGAAAUCAUCCAGCCCCAAAAAUCAUUAAAUCCCCACAUUAAGUCUCUCAACGUUCCACAAACACUCCUGCACCUCGAGGAAAAAGAGAAAGAGCACGGGAACAAGGAGACGCCCCACAGGAACCUUGUGAAAAGAUUUCGGGCUGAAAGAAAGAUCACGGGAUGUCAGAGAUGAAGAACGACGGAUCUUCGGGGUGUUUUAAAGGAAGUCUGAAGAUCUGAAAUACUUCGAGCCGAGAC